CCCGGGGCCGCCUCUAGCCGGCACCGAGGGCGCGGGCCCGGGGAUGAGGGCGCCCGCGGCGGGGAGCCCGUCUGCGCGCCGCGGCGCCGUCCCGCCCAGCGAGCGAGCCCGAGCAGGCAGACGCGCGGCCGGCGGUCUGGGGGCGCGCCGCCUCCCGGCCCCCAAAAUGUGAAGCGGUGAGGGCGGAGACGCAGAGACGGCCCCGGCCGGGCGCCCUCGCCGCCCUCCGGCAGCCGCGCUGCUCCCGUUCCCCUGCCCCCCGAGGCCGCGUCGACCCCACGGGCCUCGGCCAGUUGUAGCGAAGCCGCCGAGCCUCCGCGCCCCCCGCCUCGCUCCGACCGGGUUUCCGCCCGCAGCGGGUUCGCGGCCCGGACGCGGCGGGAGGAGGGCCCGGGACAGGGCGUCCGGCCUCGUCCGUGGCUCCUCGCCCAGACAAGUUUGAACAAUGAUCACAGUCAACCCCGAUGGGAAGAUAAUGGUCAGAAGAUGCCUGGUCACCCUGAGACCCUUUCGGCUUUUUGUCCUGGGUAUCGGCUUCUUCUCACUCUGCUUCCUGAUGACAUCUCUGGGAGGCCAGUUCUCGGCCCGGCGCCCCGGGGACUCCCCCUUCACCAUCCGCACAGAAGUGAUGGGUGGGCCGGAGUCCCGUGGCGUCCUCCGCAAGAUGAGUGAUCUGUUGGAGCUGAUGGUGAAGCGUAUGGACACACUGGCCAGACUGGAGAACAGCAGCGAGCUGCACCGGGCUGCAGGUGGAGGGCAUUUUGCCCUGGACAGGCUGCCCGCUGGGGCCGGGCUCAUGGAGCGCAUCCAGGCCAUCGCUCAGAACGUCUCCGACAUUGCCGUCAAGGUGGACCAGCUGCUGCGCCAUAGCCUGCUCCUGCACAGCAAGGUGUCUGAAGGCCGGCGGGACCAGUGUGAGGCGCCCAGUGACCCCAAGUUCCCUGACUGCUCAGGGAAGGUGGAGUGGAUGCGUGCCCGCUGGACCUCUGACCCCUGCUACGCCUUCUUCGGGGUGGACGGCACCGAAUGCUCCUUCCUCAUCUACCUCAGUGAGGUCGAGUGGUUCUGUCCCCCGCUGCCCUGGAGGAACCAGACGGCUACCCACAUGGCCCCCAAACCUCUCCCCAAAGUCCAGGCAGUUUUCCGGAGCAACCUGUCCCACCUCCUGGAGCUGAUGGGCAGCGGGAAGGAGUCUCUGAUCUUCAUGAAGAAACGGACCAAGCGGCUGACUGCCCAGUGGGCCCUGGCUGCCCAGCGCCUGGCGCAGAAGCUGGGGGGCACCCAAAGGGACCAGAAGCAGAUCCUCGUCCACAUCGGCUUCCUGACUGAGGAGUCUGGGGAUGUGUUCAGCCCGAGGGUGCUGAAGGGCGGGCCUCUGGGGGAGAUGGUACAGUGGGCGGACAUCCUGGCUGCUCUCUACGUGCUGGGCCACGGCCUGCGGGUCACUGUGUCCCUGAAGGAGCUGCAGAGUAACUUAGGGGUGCCGCCAGGCCGGGGGAACUGCCCGCUCACCGUGCCCCUGCCUUUCGACCUCAUCUACACCGACUACCAUGGCCUACAGCAGAUGAAGCAGCACAUGGGACUGUCCUUCAAGAAGUACCGGUGCCGAAUCCGGGUCAUCGACACCUUUGGGACAGAACCUGCGUACAACCACGAGGAGUAUGCCACGCUGCAUGGCUACCGGACCAACUGGGGCUACUGGAGUCUCAACCCCAAGCAGUUCAUGACCAUGUUCCCUCACACCCCGGACAACUCCUUCAUGGGCUUCGUGUCCGAGGAGCUCAACGAGACGGAGAAGCAGCUCAUCAAAGAUGGCAAGGCCAGCAACAUGGCCGUUGUGUACGGCAAGGAGGCGAGUAUCUGGAAGCUCCAGGGCAAGGAGAAGUUCUUGGGCAUCUUGAACAAGUACAUGGAGAUCCACGGCACCGUGUACUACGAGAGCCAGCGGCCCCCCGAGGUCCCAGCCUUCGUGAAGAACCAUGGCCUCUUGCCGCAGCCUGAAUUCCAGCAGCUGCUGCGCAAGGCCAAACUCUUCAUAGGGUUCGGCUUCCCCUACGAGGGUCCCGCCCCCCUGGAGGCCAUCGCCAAUGGCUGUGUCUUCCUGCAGUCCCGCUUUAGCCCACCCCACAGCUCGCUCAACCACGAGUUCUUCCGAGGCAAGCCCACCUCCAGAGAGGUGUUCUCCCAGCAUCCCUAUGCAGAGAACUUCAUCGGCAAGCCCCACGUGUGGACCGUCGACUACAACAACUCGGAGGAGUUUGAAGCAGCCAUCAAGGCCAUCAUGAGAACCCAGGUAGACCCCUACCUGCCCUAUGAGUACACCUGUGAGGGGAUGCUGGAGCGAAUCCAAGCCUAUAUCCAGCACCAGGACUUCUGUGCAGCCUCAGGCCCUGCCCCACCAGGGGCCCGAGCCCCGCAGAGCCCCCUCGUCCUGGCCCCCAAUGCCACCCACCUGGAGUGGGCCCCAGACUCCGGCGUGGCCCCCAGGGCCUGGCCCCCAGUGCACUCCCUCCGGGCCUGGCUGGCCGCCCCUGGGAGGGCCUGCACGGACACCUGCCUGGACCACGGGCUGAUCUGCGAGCCUUCCUUCUUCCCCUUCCUCAACAGCAAGGACGCCUUCCAGAAGCUGCAGGUGCCCUGUGACAGCACUGAGUCGGAGAUGAACCACCUGUACCCCGCCUUCGCCCAGCCCGGCCAGGAGUGCUUCCUGCAGAAAGAACCUCUGCUCUUCAGCUGUGCCGGCUCCAGCACCAAGUACCACCGGCUCUGUCCCUGCCGAGACUUCCGCAAGGGCCAGGUGGCCUUGUGCCAGGACUGUCUGUGAGGGCGCCCACCCGGCUGGCCCUCCUGCCGCAGGAGAAAGCACCAGCAGAUUCCGAGCUCCAGCGACCCACUCCCCCUUGACACCCCAGGCCGGAGCUUCCUGUCUAGGCCAGGAAGUGGGCAGAGCAGGCACAGGUUGAGGGGGACGGCAGCUCACCCCAGUGCCUGGUGCUCACCCUAGGCAGGCUCCUUGUUCUCAGCCGGGAGCUCAUGGCAACAUCUGGCCAAGCAGCUGUGGGGUUGGUCAGAGGGUCCCACUGGCCCAGGAGCAGGUGUCAGAGGCCCCUUGCUUUGUGCAAGGCCAGAUUAGGGCCACACAGAGCGAGGGCCCUGGUCCUUCUUGGGCCCAGGAUGGGGCCUCUUGAUGUAUAAGAAAGGGAGCAGGGGCGAGGCCUGUCCGAUGGCCCACUGAGGGUCCAGAGAGUGGGGUGUGAUGCAUGAGGGGUCAGCCUUGUCCCUCUGGAAUUGUUGGGGUGUGGACAGAAGGGACAGGGAACUGGGGGAAGGCCAGGCUAGUGGUCUCUGUUCAUGCGCCCUCUUAGCCCCACCCCUCCCGCUUUCCCACGCCCCCCUCCCUGCUGCACUUGAGGACCAUGGUUGGUGCAAGGACCCCUUAGGCCCUGGGUUGAAUUGUUUCCCUCACCUGCUUGUUCCAACUCUCUUCACUUUGGACUUCUGAAACCCAUCCUGGCAUGACUGCGAUUCCAGACCACAGAUUUGUUCCCAAAGCCUCAAUCCCCUCCCCACCUCUGAGAACCGGCUCUGGAACUCCGCCCAGCAUCUAGUGGGGCUUCUGCGCCUUGGCGUCCCCGGCCCAGUUCCUGGCUGCCUGGGCCCGCUAGCCCCCAUGUAACCCCCACUCCAUCAACUCUGCGUCCGUUUCCCUACCUCCAGCUUCCAACCACCUCUAGAUCCACCUGCUCACCUGUGCGCGGCAUGCCUGCCCCGGCCCCAGGACGCCCCCUGCCCCAAUCCCGAGCCCAGAGCCCUGCCUGAUUAAACAGGUCAGGCCCUCAGAAACACUGCCACCCCACCCCGUUUUAUAAUCCCACUCCCUCCUGGGGGCAACCCCCACCCUGCCCACCUGGGCCUGCCCCUCCACCCUUCCAGGGAGGCGGCCCCUGGGCCCUGAGAGUCAGGAGGGGGAUGCCCCCCACCGGAGAGCCCUCUUACCGCCUGGGUGGCCGGUAUGGCUGCAGAAACUCAAUAGUCACCAAGGACCUGACCUUCGGGGGAAAGCAAUAGAGACUCUCUUUUCUCUCUCUUUUUUUAAAGAUUUAUUUCUUGAAAUAAUAAAUAUUUUAUUGGGAUGUGA